AUGAAACAAAAUACUGAUAAUCAACGAAAUUCAUGUUUAAAAUACAUAAAACAAGAAAUGAUUAUGUUUGAUACACUUGAUAGUGAUACACAAUUGAAGAGCAACAACAAUAAAUCGACAAGAAAAACAUCUGAUGAAGUAAAUAGAACUCUUCGAAUAAUGCAGCAAUAUUAUGAACAAGAAGAUGAACAAAAUGAUUUACCAACAUCAACAGCUGCAAUGCAUCAAUCAGAGAUCGACAACUAUUUAAAAUUUGGAAUAGAUAAAUUAAACGAAUCAUGCAACUCAAACUCGUCUUCUUCAGCUGAUCAAGAGUAUAAUCCACCACACUUUUGA